GAAAAAUAAAAAAUUAUCUUAGAGCCGCCAUACAAAGGUUUCAAGAAUUCCAAGUCAAGUGGAAGCAGAAAAAUCAAAGUCAAAGGUCAACAAGAGCCUAUCUAAUAAUUUAGUAAAAGUGUGUGGGGUUAUUAGUUUUUAUUAUAAACCACCAAGUUGUGUAUAAAGAGAGAUUUGUUUUGUGCAUUUGCAAGACAUCUCAAACCAAAAAAAAAAAAAAAAUCAAUAAAGAGAAAUCAUCUUUCUUCCCAAUUUUUUGUUCUCACCUUCUCAUUUCUCAUGGACAGAUCUCAGGAACUCUAUGCCAGUGGUGAGCAGAACCUAGAAGCAAACCUAAUAGAGCAUGAGGUAACUGAGUCAUCAUCGGUACCUCAGACCAAAAACUACAAAAGGUGGCUCCGUCUCUCCAUAUAUGUAUUCUUUGUCCUCUCCUGUCAACCACUUGCUACAAUUCUAGGUAGAUUGUACUAUGAAAAUGGUGGGAAGAGCACAUACGUGGUAACACUUCUCCAGCUCAUUGGCUUCCCUGUUCUUGUUCUCUUCCGCUUCUUCUCACAAAUCAGACAACCAAAAUCAACAGACACAGAUUCCAAUAAGUCCCCUUCCUUCACCACACUUGCAUCAGUCUACUUGUGCACUGGACUUCUAAUAUCUGUUUACGCUUAUCUCUCUGCAAUUGGAUUGCUCUACUUACCUGUUUCUACUUUCUCCCUCAUCUUGGCCUCACAGUUAGCCUUCACUGCCUUCUUCUCUUACUUCCUUAACUCGCAAAAGUUCACACCUUUCAUAGUCAACUCUCUGUUUCUCCUCACCGUUUCCUCUGCCCUCCUCGUGGUCAACACUGAGUCUGAAGACACAACGAAUGUGUCAAGAGUACAGUAUGUGAUCGGGUUCAUAUGCACCAUAGGUGCUUCCGCUGCGAUUGGACUGCUUCUAUCUCUGAUACAGCUUCUCUUCAGGAGGGUUUUCAAGAAGCAUACAUCCUCAGCAGUCAUGGACUUGUCCAUUUACCAGUCUCUAGUUGCAAGCUGUGUGGUUCUCAUUGGCCUUUUUGCGAGUGGUGAGUGGAGAACUCUGCCGAGUGAGAUGAGAAAUUACAGACUGGGACAAGUAUCUUAUGUUGUGACUUUGGCCUCGUCGGCUAUUUCCUGGCAAGUCUAUACCGUUGGUCUCGUGGGAUUGAUCUUUGAGUCUUCUUCUGUGUUCUCCAAUUCCAUAACUGCUGUUGGAUUGCCUAUAGUUCCAGUCGUAGCUGUGAUAGUGUUUCAUGAUAAAAUGGAAGCAUCAAAUAUCUUCUCCAUCGUUUUAGCGAUCUGGGGCUUCCUUUCAUUCGUCUAUCAACACUACCUCGACGAAAAGAAGUCCAAGACUUGCCAUGGAAACCCUGUCGAGGAAGAUACACAAACUUGAUGAAACGUAGCUGCGAUGAAGGUCAUACAAACAAACAAACAUACACGCAAACAAUCAUGCAUAUUCGAUGUUAGGCUCGUCUGUGUAAUUUUCGGUAAUGGUGUAUGCAAAUGGAACGCAUGUCUCUCUGCACGUAUAUCAGACAUGUGGAACUCUUGUUUGGCCAAAUAUUCAGUUAUAAGUAAAUGAGAAUCUUUUGUACAUAAGAUACCCACAUAUCAAGUAUUUGAAACUUCUAUCUAAAAGAGAAACACCCUAAUACGAGUAGGGUGAUAAACAGAGAC